AUGGCUUCGACUUCAGCUGUUGGUAAUUUAAAAGAAGAAUUAAAUUGUUCAAUUUGCUGGAAUAUUUACACAGAACCAGUCUCACUAUCCUGUGGGCACAACUUCUGUCGUACUUGUAUUGAGAAUAACUGGGACAAGAAAAUCACUGGGCCAGGGUAUUCGUGCCCGGAGUGCCGCGCUGAGUAUGCUCAAAAACCCGUACUACAGAAAAAUCUGAAGCUAAGCAAUAUAAUAGAACGUUUUGAAGCCACCCAGGUGAAUGAAGAACCAUCUAAGAUCCUCUGUGAUUUCUGUUUGGAUAGCCCCUUCCCUGCAGUGAUGACGUGUACGAAUUGUGAAGCGUCUCUGUGCGAACAUCACUUGAGGAAGCAUUCUGAGAGAGCUGCUCAGAAAAAUCACUUACUGAUUGAGCCUGCAAGUUCACUGGAAGACAGGAAGUGUUCAGAUCAUGAGAAACUAAUUGAAUAUUACUGCUUAGAUGACCAGUGCUGUAUCUGUGUAACAUGCUAUGUUGCUGGAUCACACAAGAACCAUGACAUACGGAUUUUGAAAGAUGUAUGUAAUGAGAAAAAGUCCAGUCUUUCUGAAAAACUGGAGCAGCUGCACAGUUUCAGAAUAACUUUAGAACAAACUACAAAAGAUUUGCAAAGGACUGAAGUGAACUUAAAGAAAGACAGUGCUACUUUGAGAAAACAAAUUUCAGAUCUGUUCCAAGAAAUUAGAAUGCUAGUAACUAAGCAAGAAAAGCAAAUCUUGGACACAAUCAUAACAGAGAAAAACACCAACCUUUCAAAAGUCUUAAAGAAAAUACAAGAAUUACAAAUUAAAAGAGAAGUUGUUAUUCAACUUAUUCAGGGAGUACAAGACCUGAAAAAUCAGAAAGACCCACUAUUUUUUAUUAAGGACUUCAAAUCUACUCAUGAAAGGAUUUUGAGCAACAACAUUGAAGUAGAAACAAUAAAGGUAAUCUGGAAAAUGCUUGAGGAAACUACAAUAAUGACCAUUAAACAGGAAACUAAGCGAAUUUUUGAGAUGAUAAGCAAACUAAUUUUGGACCAUCGCACCCAGCCAGAUGGUGAAGUAACAGAAGAAAUGAAAGAUCAAAGCGGGGAAGAUAAUUUGUCAGAUUAUCUGAAACCCACAGCAAGUGAAGAUGUCCGAAGAUUACAGCAUACAUCUUCAUUUUGCAAAGAUAUGCCAGCCCCAUUACUACUGGAGAAGCCAGUUAAAUCGAACAUCAAAGUAACAUCCAGAGGAGAUCAGGAAGUAUUGUGGUCCCCUGAACUGCAACUGUCCACCUCCGAACAGGCCGCUGCAACACAUGUGGUGGAGGAAACGUUUCUCAGACCAUCUGCCAGGCUACGUUUCCAGGAUCUGCUGUUUUUAGCUCCAAAUGCUAUGUCACAGGAGGUAAUGGAGGAGACAUAUCAAUUUGAUGACUACUAUGAAGAGGAUUAUUUAACAGAACACAUGAUUAGUGAAGACAGUGAAUCCAAUGCCUCUAUUCCAGAGAACUUAAUGUAUUAUACAGAGAUUGAAGAGGAAGGUGGUGAAACGCCUUACGUGAUGGAAGGCUCACAGCAUGACGAGUACAUGAACGUUUUGUAUAUGAGAAAACGAAGAGACAAAGUUACUACAAAAUCUAUAUAGUAAAGAUAAAACCAACCAUGAAAAGCAGGAAAGAGAACUAUUUCCUCCAAGUGAACCAAAUUCAGCUGUAUACUUCCUCACAGCGCAGAAAGACAAUUAUUUUGCACAUGGAUUGGUACUCCAGAAUUAAUUUUCAUCUGUCGUUAAUGUUCUGGAAACCACUUCAACUAUACAUAUUUUACCAAAUGCUUCCAACCA